UUUCGCGAAUCUACUUUUUCAAUCAUAACUCGCCAGCCGAAAUGUACACGUCGAAACUUGGAUUGAUUGUGAAUUUGAACUCAAACUACACCGAUUUCCAGUUCAAUCCAUUUACGGUUCCGGCCUUUGUCGCAUUUAUUCCAUUUAUUUAUAUGAUUCCAACAUGUUAUGCUAUUCUUCGAAUUAUUCAAGUUUAUAUUCAAAAAGGACUCCGAAAAAAUGAUGAAACUAUUAAUCAAAGUGUGUUUCUAGUAAUUAUUCUAACUCAGCUAUCAUGUCUCUGUUUCUUCAUCGGUGAUUUUAUCACACUUCGCUUCCCAUCCACUGGAAUUAUGACGUCAUGGUGUCAGCAACAAGAGCCCAGUCGAUUCUUGACUCUUAUCUUCCUGACACAAAUAUUCUUUGGAUAUCCAGUUAUGAUUUACCCAGUACUUCUGAAUGUUGUUCGCUUUGUUCCAAUACAUUAUCCGCUGAAUCAUAAGAAGAUCAACGAGAAAAUCAUCCGCUACAGUAUCCCAUUUAUCCAUUUAUAUCCAUUUCCUUUUAUUUCUUUCAUGUUACCUGCAAUUGGGGUAUGCAGACAGCUGAGAGGACCUUAUGAGUUCGGUUCGCUCUACAUUCAUUUCACGGACUCUUGGCAUAAUGUGAUAAAUGCUCCAUUCCUAGUGCUCAAUUCAAUCAUUUGGCUGAUCAUCUGCCUAAUCACCAACUAUUUUCUUUAUCGAAAAAUUCGAAAUUUAAAAGUCUCAGCUAGAUGCCAGUUGCACGUAAACAGGAACACCAACUACCAAAAAGCAGAAGUCUCUUUGACACUCACUGCCACUUCAAUGAUUCUUGCAUACAUUACGAAUCUUGUUUUUCUGGGAAACUUUUUAAUUGAUGAGCAGACUGCAACCUAUUUUGCAAUCUUUCGUCCGUUUGGAAAUGAUUUGGAAACUUGUGUUGUGACGUGGAUAUUCUAUUUAACUCAUCCGGCUUUUCGAGAAAAUUCGGAGGACAGGAAUAGUCAAGAAAGCAGGAGACAAUUAUUGUGA